ACAUUCGAUUACUAUGGCCUGGAUGGGAAUUUCUGUUGCUCUGUGUGUUGUGUAGCUACAAAUAAAAGCCUUAAAUCAUGCCCGGGGAGACAGCCGCUAUAUUAGCGUCUUCGCCGUGAAUUAAAGCACUUAGCUGUCUUUCCGAGUUGGGUCAAAGACCCGUUAAUUAUUUAACCUGCUGUCGGAGUGUUACCUCAGCUCUGUGGACUGUUUCUGAACCAAGGCCUUGUCGCAAAGGCUCCUGCAACCGCCCGGGAUUUCAUGUUGAAGCCGUCUGGGUUGGGGGUAGAACCGAGUGUUUUCCCGGAAGAUGGACACUGACAAAUUUAACUAUGUCUACAGCUGUGAUCUGGACAUUAACGUUCAACUUAAGAUAGGCAGUUUGGAAGGGAAGCGGGAGCAGAAGAGCUACAAAGCGCUGUUGGAGGACCCGAUGCUGAGGUUUUCAGGUCUGUACCAGGAGAACUGCUCGGACCUCUACGUCACCUGCCAAGUUUUUGCUGAGGGAAAACCUCUCGCUCUGCCUGUUCGGACAUCAUACAAAGCAUUCAGCACACGUUGGAACUGGAACGAGUGGCUUCGGCUGCCGGUCAAAUACCCAGACCUUCCCCAGAGUGCUCAGGUUGCUCUCACCGUGUGGGACGUCUAUGGACCCGGCAAGGCCGUCCCCGUCGGCGGGACCACCGUCACCUUGUUUGGCAAAUAUGGCAUGUUUCGGCAAGGGAUGCACGACCUGAAGGUCUGGCCGGGUGUGGAGGGGGACGGAGGAGAGCCCACCACCACACCGGGACGCACUAGCAGCAGCCUGACGGAGGACCAGAUGGGCAGACUAGCCAAGGGCCGUGACCUGCAGGUGCUCAGUGAUCUGACAAAGGCGCACCGGCAGGGACACAUGGUGAAGGUGGACUGGCUGGACCGGCUGACCUUCAGAGAGAUCGAAAUGAUCAACGAGAUUGAGAAGCGUAGCUCCAACUUCAUGUACCUCAUGGUGGAGUUCCCCCGCAUCAAAACAAACGACAAGGAGUACAGCAUUGUGUACUACGAGAAGGAUGGAGAUGAUUCAUCACCUGUCCUCACCAGCUGUGACAUUGUUAAAGUUCCCGACCCUCAGAUGGGCAUGGAGAAUCUAGUGGAGAGCAAACACCACAAACUGGCUCGUAGUCUCCGCAGCGGGCCCUCGGACCACGACCUGAAGCCCAAUGCUGCCACACGUGACCAGCUCAAUAUCAUCGUGAGCUACCCUCCAACCAAGCAGCUGAGCUCUGAAGAACAAGACCUGGUGUGGAAGUUCAGAUACUAUCUCACCACUCAGGAAAAGGCGCUGACAAAGUUCCUGAAAUGUGUGAACUGGGAUCUGCCUCAGGAGGCCAAGCAAGCUCUGGAGCUGUUGGGGAAAUGGAGGCCCAUGGAUGUGGAGGACUCCCUGGAGCUACUGUCCUCUCAUUUCACCAACCCAACAGUGAGACGCUACGCUGUGGCACGCCUGCAGCAGGCUGAUGAUGAGGACCUGCUGAUGUACCUCCUGCAGCUGGUGCAGGCGCUCAAGUACGAAAACUUCAGUGAGAUUCAGGGAGGCUUAGAGCCAGGCAGCAAGAGGGACAGCCAGGGUCUUUCAGACGACUCCACACCAGACAGUUCUCAGAGUCAGUCAGGCACAUCUGGGUCAUCCUCCGCCCCGCAGCAGAGAGGAAAAGGAAUAGACAGUGAGAAUUUAGAGCAAGAUCUGUGCACUUUUCUCAUCUCGCGGGCUUGCAAGAACUCUACGCUCGCCAACUACCUGUACUGGUACGUGAUUGUGGAGUGUGAGGACCAGGACACGCAGCAGCGAGACCCGAAAACUCAUGAGAUGUACCUGAACGUCAUGAGGAGGUUCAGCCAGGCGCUGCUAAAGGGCGAUCGGAGUGUGAAGGUGAUGCGCUCGCUCCUGGCUUCCCAGCAGACCUUCGUGGACAGAUUGGUGCAGCUCAUGAAAGCCGUCCAAAGAGAGAGCGGAAAUCGCAAGAAGAAGACGGAGCGGCUCCAGGCUCUGCUGGCCGACAACGAGAAGGUGAACCUCUCCGACAUCGAGCCCAUUCCUCUCCCUCUGGAGCCCCAGAUCAGAAUCAGAGGGAUCGUCCCAGAGACGGCCACGCUCUUUAAGAGCGCUCUGAUGCCGGCCAAGCUGAUCUUCAAAACGGAGGACGGAGCCAUGUACCCGGUCAUCUUCAAACAUGGAGACGACCUGAGACAGGAUCAGCUCAUCCUGCAGAUCAUCUCGCUCAUGGACAAACUGUUGCGGAAAGAGAACUUGGACCUGAAGUUGACGCCAUAUAAAGUUCUGGCCACCAGCACCAAGCACGGUUUUAUGCAGUUUGUCCAGUCUGUCCCUGUGGCUGAGGUUCUGGCUACAGAAGGAAACAUCCAGAGCUUCUUCAGGAAGCACGCCCCGAGUGAAAAGGGGCCGUACGGCGUCAGCUCAGAGGUGAUGGACACCUAUGUCAAAAGCUGCGCUGGUUACUGUGUCAUCACGUACAUCCUGGGAGUUGGAGACAGACACCUGGACAACCUGCUGCUGACAAAGACCGGGAAGCUCUUCCACAUCGACUUUGGCUACAUCCUCGGCCGAGACCCCAAACCUCUGCCCCCGCCCAUGAAGCUGAGUAAAGAGAUGGUGGAGGGGAUGGGCGGCACACAGAGCGAACAGUACCAGGAGUUCAGGAAGCAGUGCUACACCGCCUUCCUUCACCUCAGGAGAUACUCCAACCUGAUCCUGAACCUGUUCUCGCUCAUGGUGGAUGCCAAUAUUCCUGACAUCGCUCUGGAGCCUGACAAGACCGUUAAAAAGGUGCAGGAUAAGUUCAGAUUGGACCUGUCGGACGAGGAGGCCGUCCACUACAUGCAGACUCUGAUCGACGAGAGCGUGGGGGCUUUAUUUGCUGCUGUGGUCGAGCAGAUACACAAGUUUGCUCAGUAUUGGCGCAGAUGAACGAAAUGGAUGGGUGACAGGAGGCUGAACUGGUUCAAACCCGUUCUGCGACUCUUUUUGUCCGCAUCCUUUUGAGAGACGAGGGGGAAAACCGAAACACUGGAGAAAAGGCCAAGAAAGCACUGCCAACCUUCACUGCAAGAUGGCAAAACAAGGACACGUAGACCUUUGUUUGCUCCUGUAUAUAUCGUGUACAUUAGUUGCUGAAUGAAGAAUGAAUGAAUGAAGCCAAAUAAAAUGCCGUUGAUAAGUAA